AGAGGUGUGUGGCCCUCGGCCGGCACGCGUUGCUUUGGGCCAGAAGGGGGCGAGUAAGUUCCAGGCACCCUCCCGAGUUGCCAGGGGGCGUGGCUUCUACAUCCUUGAUGGACAGCUAAGGAUGCGGGCGAGGAUGAGGGACCCUCCGCCCAGUUCGCCGCAACUACUAUGACCCGUCCUCGGCCCCUGGGAAAGGUGUGGUGUGGGAGUGGGAGAACGACAAUGGCUCCUGGACGCCCUACGACAUGGAAGUGGGCAUCACCAUCCAACAUGCCUAUGAGAAGCAACACCCCUGGAUCGACCUCACUUCGAUCGGCUUUAGCUACGUCAUUGACUUCAGCACCAUGGGCCAGAUCAACCGGCAGACCCAGCGCCAACGCCGCGUCCGCCGGCGCCUCGACAUCAUCUAUCCCAUGGUCACUGGCACCUUGCCUAAGGCACAGUCCUGGCCAGUCAGCCCUGGGUCAGCCACCUCGCCCCCCGCGCCUCCCUGCUCCUGUCCCCAGUGUGUCUUGGUGGUGAGUGUUAAGGCGGCCGUGGUCAACGGCAGCACUGGGCCCCUGCAGCCCCCUGCCAGCCGCAAAAACAUGCUCCCAUCUGGAGUGGUCAAGCUGCCCCCGCCACCAGGCCCUGGGCCCAAGCCAUUGGACGGCAUGGGCGCCGUCAGAGGCCCAGUGAAGACUGCCCCAUCGCAGGUGAUCCGGCGACAAGCUUCCAGCAUGCCAGCUGGGGCAACUGCAGGCUCUCCUGCCAGCCCCCCAGGAACCAAUGGCAAGACUGGAAGGGUGGCCCUGGCUACCUUGAAUCGUACCAACCUUCAGCGACUGGCCAUUGCCCAGUCUCGAGUGCUGAUUGCCUCUGGGGUCCCCACCGUCCCAGUGAAGAACCUAAAUGGGACAAGUCCUGUCAACCCUGCCUUGGCGGGAAUCACUGGGAUCCUCAUGAGUGCAGCGGGGCUGCCUGUGUGUCUCACCAGGCCACCAAAGCUGGUCCUACACCCACCCCCCGUCAGCAAGAGCGAGAUAAAAUCCAUCCCAGGGGUUUCCAACACAAGCCGCAAGACCACCAAAAAACAAGCCAAGAAAGGCAAAACCCCAGAGGAAGUGCUGAAGAAGUAUCUGCAGAAAGUCCGGCACCCGCCAGAAGAGGACUGCACCAUCUGUAUGGAGCGCCUCACGACCCCCUCGGGCUACAAGGGCCCGCAGCCAACGGUCAAGCCUGACCUGGUGGGAAAGCUGUCCAGGUGUGGCCACAUUUACCACAUCUACUGCCUGGUUGCCAUGUACAACAACGGGAACAAGGAUGGGAGUUUGCAGUGUCCAACCUGUAAGACCAUUUAUGGGGUGAAGACGGGCACCCAGCCUCCAGGGAAGAUGGAGUACCACCUCAUCCCCCAUUCCUUGCCUGGCCACCCAGACUGCAAAACUAUCCGGAUCAUCUACAGCAUCCCUCCUGGCAUUCAGGGCCCAGAACACCCAAAUCCUGGGAAGAGUUUCAGCGCUCGCGGCUUUCCGAGACACUGUUACCUUCCAGACAGUGAGAAAGGAAGAAAAGUUCUGAAGCUGCUGCUUGUGGCCUGGGAUCGCCGCCUCAUCUUUGCCAUUGGUACCUCCAGCACCACAGGGGAGUCAGACACUGUCAUCUGGAAUGAGGUCCACCACAAGACAGAAUUUGGCUCUAAUCUCACUGGCCAUGGCUACCCAGAUGCCAAUUACCUGGAUAACGUGCUGGCCGAACUGGCCGCCCAGGGCAUCUCUGAGGACAGCACUGCCCAGGCAAAGGACUGAGGCUGGAGGGGCUUUGAGGUGGGAGGGCCCGUGCGGGCCACAGGACAGGAAGUGGGGAGAGUCAAGGUAGAAACUGGUGCUGUGCCCUCCAGACUCCCUCUUCUCCCAUCCUGUCCUGUCUCUGCCAGCCGUCCCUCCCAGCCACAGGGGGACAGAUUGAAUAAAGCGGCGUCAUUCAUAAACCUCAUCCGACACAAAGGGGACACGGGAUGAGGGUCAUCCUGGAUCUGUUCCCAUGGAGUUUUCGGUGCUGGGUAGGCAAGAAGCCCCUCCCCCUCCCCACCUCCCAAGUAGGGGGCAUGGUCAGCACACUUAGGGUAUGGGCCGUGCCUGGGCGCUACAUACCUUGGCCUUGUGAAGCCCGAGGUUCCUUUGCCUCAGCUGGCUUCUUGCUGCUUCCACUCUGCUUUGAGAGCGGAGUUUCCGCUCUUUUCUCCUCCGCUGGAGGCAGAGAGCUCUCACUGUGCAAGGUUGGGGGGCAAAGGGGUGAACCGCGAAACUGCUGUGACAUCAGAAUUUGGAUGCCUUGGUGUGGAGCGAGGAAGCACUUCUUGCCAAGAGGGUCAGAGAGGCAAAAGCCUUGGGAGCACCUUCAGCUCUCAUCAAAGUCCUUGGCUUCUCUGGGCCCUCCCCUCGUCCUCACACCUUUGAUCUGUCCAAAGAGGCAUCUGGUUCUCUCGUGUGGAUGGAUGGACUCUGGUUCCUCUCCGGGUGGCAUUCCGUGAUGCCAUUUCUAGCCCCUCUCUGAUCAAACCAGAGCCUGCAUCCCACCGAGCAUAUGAACAGUUCUCAGGGAGAGGAGCCCAUAGCCUUCUUCCCAACUCAUCCUAGACCAGCUCAAAGAUUCCAUGAGUUUCAUCAAGUCACUGUGAGUAGAGCCCAUACUGGGCUCUGUGCCAUCUGUGUAUGUGCAUAUGUGUGCAUGUGGGCGUGUGUGCAUCGCUGAACCAGCUUGGUGGGGAGCCCCAUCAUGUCCCUGCACUCUGUUUCAAGAUGCCAAACCUCAGCUCUGAUGGGGAUCAAACAGCCAGGCUGUGGUCCCUUGGCGUUCUUCACCCUUUGCCAACCCAUCCCAUAGUAAACUUAGACCCUGAUGGAGACAGAACUGGGCUUGUGGGGGAGAUGUGAUGAGGUGAUUCCUGGACGGACCACCCCCUUUUGAUUUUGUUUUCAAGAUCGGAACAGAGCCGAUAUUCGUCCAGUCUUGUUUCUACAAGGGCUUCAGUCUGCCUCCAUGCAAACUUGCUAAUCAGAGCCUAGGUGCUGGGCCCCUCAACUCCCUCAUCUAUUAUAGAUAGACUCAGAGCAUAGAGGGAGUCACUUGAACUCAUCCCUAACAGGGUUGGGACCACAGUUUGGUCUGGAUCAACCUAUGCCUGGGUUUUGUCCUAAGACCCUGUCAAUCUCCUCCCCAACAUUCUUCUUGCCUUUGACUCUCAUAAAGGGAUGGAUUGGGGGUCAGGGAGGAAAGAAAGGGGAAUCAAGAAGGGAAACCCAAUUCCCCCUUUGAAAGUGGGUUCUUUGAACUAUGUGUUCGGGGGAAGUUCCUCUGGAUACACAUUUGAAUUUAUAUACCUCAUGUUUUGGGGGUUUGACGUAUAUAUAUGCAUAUAUAUUUCAUAAUAUUUGGAGGGUUUUUGAUGCUAGAAAAAUGGAAACAAAAGAACCUUCAAAAAUGGUACUUAGGUUAGGACUAGGGGCCAAGCUUUCAUGAGAGCCAGCUCCGAAGCUGCUUGCUUUCAGGCCUACAGCCAUUCUGACAUUGGUGUGGCCAGUGAGUUCACCUGCAUGUCACCCAGUUCCUCAGACGUGCUGGUGCUGAACCUUUCCUUGCUUUCCAGAUGGGUAGAGGGAGGCUGAUCAGCUCCACCAAAAGGAGCUCUGAUAGGAGGAAUUGUUCUGCCAUCCUCGUCCCAGUCUCUCCUGUCAGCCUGCAGCCAGGAGACCAGGAGACCAGGAGACUGGUCUCGAGCUCACUGCACCACGGGACAGUUUCCUGCUACAGUCAGAUGGAAACCCCUGAGCUAAAUGGAAGAGACAUCCCUGUGGUGUUUAAUGCCAUGCCCAGGCCCUUUGCCAGGUUACCAUGUACCAGAGAUCAAUGGAGAGCCUCGUAGGCUUAGUAACAUCUCCACCUUCAGCACCCUGGUCAAGUAUCUGCCGGGUUUCUUGGCCACAGAGAUGAGGAAAUAGACUGAGAGUCCAUGGGUAAAAGACAUAGUUAAGGUAGUAGGAGGUGGGAAAGAAAAGGCACGCUUUGGUGAUGGAAUAGGGUAGUGGGGAGAGACCGAUUUCCCCACAUCAGACAGCGGAAGGGGGCAGCCAAGAGGAUAUACCAGGGAGUCGGUAUACCAAUGGCAAUACCACUUGGAGGGGUAGUCUUACCUUCAAGCCUUUCCUCCUAGGAUUUUAAUUGCGUCUGUGCCCUGUUUUUCCUCUCUGAGGACGCUCAGUAGGGGCUACCUCAUCUCGUGCUGUUCUUCUUGUGGGACUUUCUGGGCAGAAGGGAUCUUGAAUUUCUAACGCUGUGCCAGGCAAGGCAGCGGGCAGUCCUUUGCCCUUUCUCUCGUGCCAACCUGGAAAGGUACAGUCAGUUUGAGCCAGAACGCUGCCAGCAGAGCCCUGCGCAUCCGCCCCUUUGACAGGGUAUUUUCCCGAAAUACCCUGCUCUGUUCCCCUGGUCCAAGUAGGGGAUCCCAUGCCUUUUCUUUCACGGUCUUAGCACCAGCAGCCUAAUUUUUCCCUUCCUGAGUCCCCAGGGAUGACCGAUGAGAUUGCAGACAAACUUUGUCAGAUGCUCAUCCCUUGAAAGGUUACUUGUGUCUCUGUGGUUUCAUGUGCUUUUGUGUUUUCAUUCUCUUCCUCUUUUUGUAAAAUUCUCUGUGGUUUUAUACUUGGGUCAGAAGUAUUUGUCCUGGUAUUGCACUGUUGUGUGCAUGAGAAGAUUGGGGGAAGGCCCAUAUGGUAGAAGAAAGGACCCCUGCCCCCUUUCCUUAUUCUGUGGUCGCUGGCAUUGGGGGGGGGGCGCUUCUGGGAGAGGGCAGGUGAAAUGUCCCAACAUAAAUCGUUCUGUUUGUAACUGGUGUGUUUUGAAGUCCUUGGUGUUGCUCUGUGAGAGGACAUCGCCACCUGGUGCUCAUGAGGUGUAUGUGCAGAACAAUAAAUGGCAAUGAACAACCACAAA